CAUUCAGACAUUCUACAAUCCUCCUCUUGAUAGAGACUAAUCAUAAGACUUUGCUUUUGUGAUAAUCCCAUUAUCUUUCUCCAAGAACAACCUCACAUUUCCUUCAAUUCCAUAACCUCCAGUCAAAAUGGCACCAGCCAUUGGUAUCGAUCUGGGUACAACCUACUCGUGUGUAGGCAUCUUCCGAGAUGACCGCAUCGAAAUCAUUGCCAAUGACCAAGGCAACCGAACAACUCCCUCCUUCGUGGCCUUCACAGACACCGAGCGUCUCAUUGGUGAUGCUGCAAAGAACCAAGUCGCUAUGAACCCUGCCAACACUGUUUUCGACGCCAAGCGAUUGAUUGGCCGGAAAUUCAGUGAUCCUGAGGUUCAGGCUGACAUGAAGCAUUUCCCCUUCAAGGUCAUCGACAAGGGCGGCAAACCAGUCAUUGAAGUCGAAUUCAAGGGCGAAACAAAACAAUUCACACCAGAAGAGAUCUCCUCGAUGGUCUUGACAAAGAUGAGAGAGACCGCUGAAUCAUAUCUCGGCGGCACUGUCAACAACGCCGUCGUCACAGUCCCUGCCUACUUCAACGACAGUCAAAGACAGGCGACAAAAGACGCCGGCCUCAUUGCCGGUCUCAACGUCCUCCGUAUCAUCAACGAACCCACCGCAGCUGCCAUUGCCUAUGGUCUUGAUAAGAAGACCACUGGCGAGCGCAAUGUCCUCAUCUUCGAUCUUGGUGGUGGUACCUUCGAUGUCUCCCUCUUGACCAUCGAAGAGGGUAUCUUUGAAGUCAAGUCGACCGCUGGUGAUACUCACUUGGGUGGUGAGGACUUCGACAAUCGUCUGGUCAACCACUUCGUGAAUGAAUUCAAGCGGAAACAUAAAAAAGACUUGAGCUCCAACUCCCGUGCUCUUCGACGUCUCCGAACCGCUUGCGAGCGUGCCAAGCGCACCCUUUCCUCCUCAGCUCAGACCUCCAUUGAGAUCGACUCGCUGUAUGAGGGCAUCGAUUUCUACACCUCCAUCACUCGUGCUCGUUUCGAGGAACUCUGCCAGGACCUCUUCCGCUCCACCAUGGAGCCAGUCGAGCGUGUCCUGCGCGACGCCAAGAUCGACAAGUCCUCCGUUCACGAGAUCGUUUUGGUGGGUGGUUCUACCCGUAUCCCCAGAAUCCAGAAGCUCGUCUCCGACUUCUUCAACGGCAAGGAGCCCAACAAGUCGAUCAACCCUGACGAGGCUGUCGCCUACGGUGCUGCCGUCCAGGCCGCUAUCCUGUCUGGUGAUACCUCAUCCAAGUCGACCAGCGAAAUCUUGCUCCUCGACGUUGCUCCGCUGUCCAUCGGUAUCGAGACUGCUGGUGGUGUCAUGACUCCUUUGAUCAAGAGAAACACCACCAUUCCAACCAAGAAGUCCGAAACAUUCUCGACUUUCUCCGACAACCAACCUGGUGUGCUCAUUCAAGUCUACGAGGGUGAGCGUGCUCGCACCAAGGACAACAACCUGCUCGGCAAGUUUGAAUUGUCUGGCAUUCCUCCUGCUCCUCGUGGUGUGCCUCAAAUCGAGGUUACCUUCGAUGUCGAUGCCAACGGUAUCAUCAACGUCUCUGCUGUAGAGAAGGGUACCGGCAAGUCAAACAAGAUCGUCAUCACCAACGACAAGGGUCGUCUGUCCAAGGAGGAGAUUGAGCGUAUGCUUGCUGAAGCCGAGAAGUACAAGGCCGAGGAUGAGGCUGAGGCUGGCCGUAUCUCCGCCAAGAAUGGUCUCGAAUCCUACGCCUACUCGCUCAAGAACACUCUCUCAGACUCCAAGGUUGACGAGAAGCUUGAUGCUUCCGACAAGGAGAAGCUCAAGGCUGAAAUCGACAAGACCAUCUCUUGGUUGGACGAGAACCAGACUGCCACCAAGGAAGAGUAUGAGGCUCAACAGAAGGAGCUCGAGGGCGUCGCGAAUCCGAUAAUGUUGAAAUUUUAUGGAAAUUCGGAUUCGAUGCCGGGUGGUAUGCCUGGUGGCGGCAUGCCAGGCGGACCUGGUGGCUUCCCUGGCGCCGGUGGUGCUGGUGGUGCUGGUGGUCAUGGUGGCGAUGAUGGCCCAACUGUCGAGGAGGUUGACUAAAUGUCUCGAGAAACUAUCGACAAAAGCACUGAGCGGUUGUUCUUUCAUGUCAAUCAUACCGGCGUUGGCGUUUUCACAUGGAAAAAUUGGGAUGAUACCUCCUGCAUGGACAUAGAAUUUCAGCAUGACUUGAUAAUGAUCAUGGGAUGUUUCUCUGCAGAAGAUGAACAGAGAGAAGAUGAUUGAGGCUUAGUUAGCAGUUUCAAUGAACAUCAUUCAAAAUAUUAAA